CUGCGUCUUACGAUGGGCAGAAGACAAAAGUAACCAUUGAACAGGAAAUACCGAAUGAACGAGGUUCUCAGAAGCUUGCAACGCAUCCGAGCGAAGCACCAGAUGGAGGAUUAAUGGCAUGGCUUAUCGUUUUUGGGCGAGUACAUUUUCGUACAUUGGGAUAGUCACUGACGUCUUCGGAUUGACAAUUUUUAGUGCCACAUUGCUUAUGUUCUCUACGAUUGGUUUUGUAAAUUCAUGGGGUGUCUUCCAAGAGUAUUACGAGGAAGAUCUUCUACGUCACACUUCUCCUUCAAAUAUAGCAUGGAUUGGUUCUACGCAGUACGCGCUCUCGUACCUUACAUCACUUGCAUCUGGGCGAAUGUUUGACCUGGGAUACUUCAAAAUACCGUUACAUAUCGCUAGCUGCGCCCUCGUUGCGUGCACUUUCCUAAUCGCGGAAUGCACUCAAUUCUGGCAGUUCUUCUUAACGCAGGGUGUCGGUAUAGGACUGUGCUCCGGUACCAUGUUCGCUCCCGCACUCGUCAUCGUGUCGCAAUGGUUCUCCAAGAGACGUGGCCUUGCUAUAGCCAUCUGCGCCGCUGGUACUCCCCUCGGCAGCAUCGUGUUUCCUGUAGCAGCACAAAAUUUGAUUCCAUCAAUUGGUUUUAAAUGGACGGUCCGUGUAUUUGGGUUCAUUAUAAUAGCAACCCUGGGAACGGCCAAUAUAUUACUGAAGCGACGGCUUCCGCCCGUCAACGUUCGUGGGGGACUCUUUAAUCUCAAAGCAUUCCGCAACAGAGCAUAUACCAUGUAUUGCAUCUCAGGAAUUAUGAUAGUCUUAGGCCUUUACACAGAGCUAACCUAUAUCUCUGUGAGCGCCGUAGCAAUUGGUGUCUCCAAAGAUUUUUCGUUCUAUAUACUCGCGAUCGCCAAUGCGGCAUCAAUGUUACGUGUGUCAUUGGGACUGAUGGCAGAUAAAAUUGGCGCACUCAACACCAUGGCAAUCCUUACUACUUUGGCGGGAAUCACGACAAUAGCUUGGCCAUUUGCUAAAAAUGAAUCCCAGCUUAUUGUCAUAACCGCCUUUUACGGAUUCUCCACCGGAGCCUAUGUAACUCUGUCCUCAAUACCUGCCGUUGCGAUGGGGGAAAUGGACGACGCCGGGCGUCGAGUUGGAAUGUUCUUCUCCCUCAUUGGUUUAGGAGGCAUUGCAGGUCCUCCAAUAUCAGGCGCCAUCAGUACCGCGACAGGAGGGUUCGUUGCUGCGGGUUAUUAUGCAGGUGGCAGCAUUAUAUUUGGUGUUCUAUUGCUACUCGUGGCACGGUACCUCCAUCUCGGGCGCCUGUGGGGCAAGUUUUGAAUGGUAGUUCAGUCAGGGGAAUCUUGCGUUGUGA